GCUGUAGCUGCGCUGCGCUGCCGGCUCUGCGGCUUCCCUGCCGCGGAAAAGGUGCGGGAGGCUGUACCGCGGACCGGCAUAGCCGGUUUGGGUUGCGGGAGGCGGGCGGGGGAGGAGCGCGGCGGGAGGGGCCGGGCGGCGGGCGGGGCUGGCUGGGCGGCCAGGCCAUGCAGGGCGCAGAUUCGGCUUGGUGCUGCUGAGACCCGGCUCCGGGCGCCCAGAGGUGGCUCAUGCCCCCAGCUCUCCCCACUCCGCUACUGCAACCCGAGCCACAUCUGGACAGGACGCCGCGCGGCGGAGCUGACGCCGGGCCACAAUGCUGCUUGGGGCCUCUCUGGUGGGGGUGCUGCUGUUCUCCAAGCUGGUGCUGAAACUACCCUGGACCCAGGUGGGGUUCUCCCUGCUGUUUCUCUACUUGGGAUCUGGUGGCUGGCGCUUCAUCCGGGUCUUCAUCAAGACCGUCAGGCGCGAUAUCUUUGGCGGCCUGGUGCUCCUGAAGGUGAAGGCAAAGGUGCGGCGGUACCUGCGGGAGCGGCAGACAGUGCCCAUUUUGUUUGCCUCUACCGUUCGGCGCCACCCCAACAAGACAGCCCUGAUCUUCGAGGGCACAGAUACCCACUGGACCUUCUGCCAGCUGGAUGACUACUCAAGCAGCGUAGCCAACUUCCUGCAGGCCCGGGGCCUGGCCUCAGGUGAUGUGGCUGCCCUCUUCAUGGAGAACCGCAAUGAGUUCGUGGGCCUAUGGCUGGGCAUGGCCAAGCUCGGUGUGGAGGCGGCCCUCAUCAACACCAACCUGCGGCGGGAUGCCCUACUCCACUGCCUCACCACCUCGCGCGCACGGGCCCUUGUCUUUGGCAGUGAAAUGGCCUCAGCCAUCUGUGAGAUCCAUGCCAGCUUGGACCCCUCGCUCAGCCUCUUCUGCUCUGGCUCCUGGGAUCCCAGUGCAGUGCCUACAAGCACAGAACACCUGGAUCCUCUGCUGAAAGAUGCUCCCAAGCACCUGCCCAGUUGCCCUGACAAGGGCUUCACAGAUAAACUGUUCUACAUCUACACAUCGGGUACCACAGGGCUGCCCAAGGCCGCCAUCGUGGUGCACAGCAGGUAUUACCGCAUGGCUGCCCUGGUGUACUAUGGAUUUCGAAUGCGGCCUGACGACAUCGUCUAUGACUGCCUCCCCCUCUACCACUCAGCAGGAAACAUCGUGGGAAUCGGGCAGUGCCUGCUGCACGGCAUGACGGUGGUGAUCCGGAGGAAGUUCUCAGCCUCCCGGUUCUGGGAUGAUUGUGUCAAGUACAACUGCACGAUUGUGCAGUACAUUGGUGAACUGUGCCGCUACCUCCUGAACCAGCCACCGCGGGAGGUGGAAAACCAGCACCAGGUUCGCAUGGCACUAGGCAAUGGGCUCCGGCAGUCCAUCUGGACCAACUUUUCCAGCCGCUUCCACAUACCCCAGGUGGCUGAGUUCUACGGAGCCACAGAGUGCAACUGCAGCCUGGGCAACUUUGACAGCCAGGUGGGGGCCUGUGGCUUCAACAGCCGCAUCCUGUCCUCCGUGUACCCCAUCCGGUUGGUACGUGUCAACGAGGACACCAUGGAGCUGAUCCGGGGGCCCGAUGGCGUCUGCAUUCCCUGCCAGCCAGGUGAGCCGGGCCAGCUGGUGGGCCGUAUCAUCCAGAAAGACCCCCUGCGCCGCUUCGAUGGGUACCUCAACCAGGGCGCUAACAACAAGAAGAUUGCCAAGGACGUCUUCAAGAAGGGGGACCAGGCCUACCUUACCGGUGACGUCCUGGUGAUGGAUGAGCUUGGCUACGUGUACUUCCGAGACCGCACGGGGGACACGUUCCGCUGGAAAGGCGAGAACGUGUCCACCACCGAGGUGGAAGGCACACUCAGCCGCCUGCUGGACAUGGCUGACGUGGCUGUGUAUGGUGUGGAGGUGCCAGGAACCGAGGGCCGGGCCGGAAUGGCUGCCGUGGCCAGCCCCACUGGCAACUGUGACCUGGAGCAGUUUGCUCAGGUCCUGGCAAAGGAACUGCCCCUGUAUGCGCGCCCUAUCUUCCUGCGCCUCCUGCCUGAGCUGCACAAAACAGGGACCUACAAGUUCCAGAAGACAGAGCUACGGAAGGAGGGCUUUGACCCGGCUAUGGUGAAAGACCCGCUAUUCUAUCUAGACGCCCAGAAGGGCCGCUACGUCCCACUGGACCAAGAGGCCUACAGCCGCAUCCAGGCAGGAGAAGAGAAGCUGUGAUUCCCCCCAUCCCUCUGAGGGCUGGUGGAUGCUGGAUCCAGAGCCCCAGGUUCCGCCCCAGAGGGGUCCUGGACAAGGCCAGACCAAAGCAAGCAGGGCCUGGCACCUCCAUCCUGAGGUGCUGCCCCCUCCAUCCAAAACUGCCAAAUGACUCACUGCCACCUCCCCAACCCUUCCAGAGGCUUUCUGUGAAAGUCUCAUGUCCAAGUUAUGUCUUCUGGGCUAGGCAGGCCCUCUGAUUCCCAGGCUGAGACUGACGGGUCUUCUCAGGAUGAUGUCUUGGGUCAGGGCAGGUAAAGGACAAGGGGUCACCAAGCCCUUCCCAGAGAGCAGGGAGCUUGUAAAUGGGAUCAGGGCAGAAGUCCCCAGGAAGUCAACAGAGUGGGCAGAGACAGUGGUAGCCAUCCAUUGGGUAGCAAGAGGAUCCUAGCCCCAGAGCUGCCCAAGUUCAUUCGGCUCCACUCCCACCUCCAGGAGGGGAGGAGAGGACCUGGUGUCUGUAGGUAGCCCUGAUGCCCCAUCGACAGCAGGAGGUCAGGACUGCACCCCUGGUCUCUCCCCACUCCCCCAUUCUCCUCGGGUGGCUGCCCGGCUGACCCUCAGGCAGGGCCUUUCAGUCCUUGUGAGUCUGUGUCAUCUCCAUCUCAGUCUUGGCCUGGCUAUGAGGGGAGGAGGAAUGAGGGAGGAGGGGGCUCAGGGACCAAUAAACUCUUCCUUGAGUCCUCCUA